AUGUGUGUGGAUCUCGUCUGCAGUCCUUCUGUUGUCCAGGCUGGAAGACUCUGCCUGGGGGCAACCAGUGUGUUGUGCCUAUUUGCCGGAGUGACUGUGGGGAUGGUUUCUGCUCCAGACCUAACAUGUGCACAUGUCCUGGUGGACAAACAGCUACAACCUGUUUUACUAAAUCAUCCAAACAAUGCAAUAUAAGGUGUAUGAAUGGAGGAGUGUGUGAAGAUGACUAUUGCCAGUGUCCAAAGGGAUAUACAGGAAGCUUUUGUGGACAACCUGUCUGUGAAAAAAACUGUCAGAAUGGUGGACACUGCAUUGGACCGAACAGAUGCGCGUGUGGAUACGGCUUCACUGGACCACAGUGUGAGAGAGACUACCGGACAGGCCCAUGCUUCAUCCAAGUGCACAGCAGGAAGUGUGCAGGUCAGAGCAGUGAAUUUGUUUGCAGUAAGGCCUUGUGCUGUGCCACAGUGGGUCAAGCGUGGGGUCACUCGUGCGAGCAGUGCCCACCUAUCAGCUCGCCCUGCACCAGAGGGUUCAUCCCAAACACCCGCACAGGAGCCUGCCAAGAUGUUGAUGAAUGCAAGGUUGUCCCCGAUCUGUGUAAAGGAGGAAGAUGCAUCAACACAUUGGGUUCAUAUCAGUGCACGUGUCCUGUCGGUUACCAACAGCAUGUGAGCAUUUUGAAGUGCGAGGAUGUGGAUGAAUGCUCCACCAUUGAACGUGCGUGUGAAGCGGGACACUGCAUUAAUUCGGCGGGCAGUUUCUCCUGUGUGUGUCCUUCUGGAUAUGUGCUGUCUGCAGACCGGACUCGCUGUCUUGACCAGCACACAGGGAUCUGCUUUGCGUCAGUUGUGAAUGGACGCUGUGCUCAUGAAAUCAGCGGACGUUUCAAUAAAAUCCAGUGCUGCUGUGAUCGUGGCCGGUGCUGGAGUCAAAGAACAACUCAUGAAAUGUGUCCUGUACCAGGAUCAGAUGAAUACUUGAGGAUUUGUCUGGUAGGCUCUGCUCUGAGUGGCUACAAUGAGGAGGAUCCUGAAAUGAGCCCUCACCACCACAGCAGCUUCAGUGUUUCCCCUAAUGACCAGAUACUUCACCCACAUAAUGGCAAUGGACAAAUAAAACCCCAGAUUCGCCAAACACCUCAAAUUCUGCAGUUUCCACAGAUUCCACAGAUCCCAAGGCAUGACAAUGGAUUUAAACCACAACGACCUGUUGUUAGUGUGAAUGAGACUGUGAACAGGUGCCGUUUGCUUCCUAAUUUGUGUCUGAAUGGACGCUGUAUUCCCAUGGAGUCUGACUACCGAUGUGACUGUAACACCGGAUUCAAAGAAGACAACAGAGGAGAGUGCUCAGAUGUAGAUGAGUGUGAGUUUGACCCCUGUGCUAAUGGAAACUGCAUCAACACUCCUGGUUCCUACUACUGCAGAUGCCACACAGGCUUUCUUAGGGUUCCAGGCAAACAAACCUGCAUAGAUAUUGAUGAAUGUCUUCAGAAUGGAGUGCUCUGUAAGAACGGCCGCUGUCUGAACACUGAGGGAAGCUUUCAGUGCAUCUGCAACUCUGGAUUUAAGCUUUCACCUGAUGGGAGAAACUGUGUAGAUCAUGAUGAAUGUGCUGCCACAAACAUGUGUCUUAACGGCAUGUGUAUCAACGAAGACGGCAGCUUUAAAUGUGUGUGUAAACCUGGAUUCACCCUCAACUCUAGUGGACGAUACUGUACAGAUAUCGAUGAGUGCCGGACUCCAGGUGUGUGCAUGAAUGGACGAUGUGUAAACACACAGGGCUCUUUCAGGUGUGAGUGUUUUGCAGGUCUUACUGUUGGAAUAGACGGCCGAACAUGUGUAGACACACACAUGCGUAGCACCUGUUAUGGGGCUGUAAAAAGAGGUUUGUGUUUACGACCCUUCCAGCGUGCUGUCACCAAGUCACAGUGCUGCUGUGCCAACCCUGACUAUGCUUUUGGUGAACCCUGCCAUCCCUGCCCUGCCAAACACUCAGCUGAGUUUCAGGUCUUAUGUGCGAGCGGUGUUGGAUUUUCUGCUGAUGGCAAAGACAUUAAUGAGUGUGCUCUGGAUCCGGAUAUCUGCUCAAAUGGAGUGUGUGAGAAUCUCCGAGGAAAUUUCCGCUGCGUCUGUAACAUUGGCUAUGAAAGUGACCAGAGCGGCAGAAACUGUUUAGGUCAGUUGACAUUUAAUAUAAUUACUUACAAGUUACUACCAUGAGCUGUCAGGAUUGAUUUAAGAAUUCAAGCCUGUACAAAUCAAAUUUAGUUGACAAGUGACAAUUUUAGUGUGCAUCACACAGGCCCUAUUUACACCUGUAUUAAGAUGUGUUUUCAUUGAAAGAGGGACAUUUUCAUUUACACCCAAUGGUAAAUGUGGGAUUUGUCUCAUCUUUCGAUUGAAAUGUAAGAAAUAAGCUAAGCCAGUUUGUUGGUCAACGAUUUUUAUCCAUUCAUUCAUUUUCUUGUCGGCUUAGUCCCUUUUUUAAUCCAGGUUCGCCACA